AUGGACAACCUCGCCAAUCUCGCGUCGACGGUAGGGGACCGUUUUGUGACGAACCUGAAGGGUUCGUUCACCGACUUAACUUUGGAGAAAUUCAUUCGAAUCGUCAUUGUUGCCGGGGGCUACCUGCUGUUGAGGCCAUACCUGCUCAAGCUCGGCGGCCGCGCUCAGAUGCGAGCGCACGAGGAGGAAGCCGCCCGGGCAGACGCGGUAGCCAAGGCCAAGAUCUCGCCCAACGAGCUACGUGGGAGAGUCCAGAUACCGGACGACACCGACGACGAGGACGAGAGGGCGGCAGAGGCAUCCGGACCCGAGUGGGGAAAGAAGGCGAGAAGGAGACAGCGCGAGAUGAUCAGGAAGCUGCUCGAUGCCGAGGAACAGCGGCUGCGGGAAAGCCAGGAGGAAUUAGAGGACAAGGAUAUCGAGGAGUUCCUAGUAAAGGAAUGA